AUGAUUCCUAAUGAGGUCUGUUGGGGUACAUCACAAUUUCGGGCACUCUCCCUACUUCCCUUCAAGUUUUCAGCGUAUUCAAGUGUUCUCUUGACUCGACUCCUCUUGUUAAAAUGUUCCAACUCCUUUCUUAACUCUACGAUUUGGGUCACCUCUUUUGCUCGACUCUCCCCCGGCUCCGCCCGUAGUGAGAUUGGUCUCUCAGCAUUGACCAUGUUUCUUGUUGAUACCAUGAGCUUCGUCAAUCCGAUAAGGGGAGAUCACGGGGUACCUACAGAAGAUACUCUGACGCUAUUUAUACCAUUUAAGUUGGGUUUCUUACUUGAUGGGCCUUUGUCGAGGCCUUGUGAUUGA